GCUCCAGCAGCCUCCCUCACUUCCAGUCAGGCCGGAGAAGUGCUGCGUUCAACCCAGCUGAGAUGGCGCCCUCCCUGGCCACGGCCUUCUCCCGCCGCUGGUGGAUGGCGGUGACGGCGGUCAUUGAGAACCUGCUUUUCUCUGCUGUACUGCUGGGCUGGGGAUCCCUGCUCAUCAUGCUCAAGUCGGAGGGCUUCUACUCCUACCUGUGCAGGGGACCUGAAAACAGCUCCAGCCUCAACCACUCCAACAUCAACACCUCUGUGCCAUCUGAUUCUGAGGAGUACCUGGAGAUGAAUGGCUGGCCCAUCUGCAAGGACCAGGAUGAGAUGCUGAACCUGGCCUUCACUGUGGGCUCCUUCCUGCUGUCUGCCAUCACCCUGCCCAUGGGCAUCGUCAUGGACAAAUAUGGUCCAAGGAAGCUACGACUUCUGGGCAGUGCCUGCUUUGCGUUCUCUUGCCUCCUCAUCGCCUACGGUGCCAGUGAUCCCAACAAUCUGUCCAUCCUGAUCUUCUUUGCUUUGGCGUUGAAUGGGUUUGGAGGCAUGUGUAUGACCUUCACUUCACUGACACUUCCCAACAUGUUUGGAGACCUGAGGUCAACCUUCAUUUCUCUGAUGAUUGGAUCCUACGCCUCCUCUGCUGUCACUUUUCCCGGCAUCAAGGUGAUCUAUGAUCUGGGUGCAACCUUCAUCAUGAUCCUGCUGGUGUGGGCCGCCUGCGCUUGCCUUGUCUUCUUCAACUGCUUCGUCAACUGGCCUCUGGAGCCCUUCCCCGGCCCAGAGGACAUGGACUACACGGUGAAGAUCAAGUUCAGCUGGCUGGGCUUUGACCACAAGAUCACAGGGAAGCAGUUUUAUCGGCAAGUGACCACAGUGGGGCGCCGUCUCAGUGUCGGCAACUCCAUGAAGCAGCAGCACCAGCCGGCCAAAGACCUGGCCUCGCAGGAGGCCAACAAGCUGUGCCUGUCCACUGUGGACCUGGAUGUAAAGUGCAAACCCAAGGAAGAGACUCAGUCCUUCAUGAAGAGUGUCCUCAGUCCCAUCUUCUUGCUGAGCCUCAUCACCAUGUGUGUGACCCAGCUGCGCCUCAUCUUCUACAUGGGAGCCAUGAACAACAUCCUUGAGUCCCUGACAGACGGAGACCUCAACACAGUGGAGAAGAUGCAAGUGGUGAGUGUUUACUCGUCCAUCUUUGGCGUGCUCCAGCUUUUGUGUCUGGUCACCUCUCCUGUGAUUGGCCAAGUCAUGGACUGGAGGCUCAAGGACUGCGAGGAGGAUAAUGACAAGAGUGCCAAGAGGGAGCCUGGUCAGCCCCGUCGCACUGGCAAACAGAUACAGAAGAUCAUCAAUGCCACCAGAGCCUUUAUCUUCACUAACCUGCUCCUGGUUUGCUUUGGAGUCACCUGCAUCGUCCCUAACCUGCCACUUCAGAUUCUGUCCUUUAUCCUGCACACUAUUGUCAGAGGCUUCAUCCACUCUGCAGUCGGAGGCCUCUAUGCUGCUGUGUACCCAUCCUCUCAGUUUGGCAGCCUGACAGGCAUGCAGUCUCUGAUCAGCGCUCUGUUCGCCCUGCUCCAACAGCCUCUCUUCAUGGCCAUGGUGGGACCCCUGGAGGGAGACCCACUAUGGGUAAACGUGGGACUGUUGGUGGUUAGCAUGCUGGGAUUUUGCCUCCCUCUCUACCUGCUGUGCCACAGCCGCCACCUGCAGCGCCUCAGAGACGAGCGCAAUGACGAUCCCAAGAUCUAUGCCAAGAUUAAUGACGACAGCAAGCCCGAGGCUUUUGUCUAGACCGCGAGGAAGAACAGAGUCAAAGAUGAUGUUUUCAAAACUGAAGAGGACGAGCUACACUAAAAAAGAGAAGGACGGGGAGAAGAAGAGAGGGGAGGGGGAGAGUGGCGGAGGUCACUUGCCUGUGUGACAAUUCUCUCAGUUCAUCAAGUUAAACACACUUUCACUCACACCAUUUCACUGCCAGUCUUAUUUGGUCAAUAUGACUACACACCACUGUGACACACAGUCUCACCCUCUGAUACUAUACACUGUUAGAAACCUGGCACAUACGCACACAAACACACACAUGACACACACAUUUCAAGCUCCACAAAGAGCUCCCACUCACUCGAGUGCAUCUCUGGACUGAGGAGAAAAUAGACUGAUGGCAGAGUUUUUAUAUCUCCCCAAAUGACUCCUCUACACAUCUUUUUGUCACUCUCGUCUUUUUUUUUUUUUCGCUGUUACAUCUGUCAGUGACGGUUGACUGGUUCAGCCUCUCCAGUCCAACUUUAAAAAAAAACAAUAGAAGAAGAAGAUGCCAACCAAUGGAAAGCCACAGCGAGGACGUUUCUAAGGUGUCAAAUGUAAGCAUUGUGCUUUUAAAGCCACCUAACAGUAAAUGACUGUGGCGUUGUGAACAUGUACAGCAGUAACCAUGACGACCUUUGCUUUUUGAUUGAUUCAGGUUUGUCUGAUGUGCUGUUCACCCGGAAAACUCUCUCAGACAGCACAAACCAGUGUUUAAUGGUGCUGCUUGGUGUCUGUCUUAGUUUUGCAGACUUAAUUGUAUUUUAGGAGACAAAAAAACACCAAACGCACACACACACACACACGUACACAGGUUGCACCCUUGGUCAUGGCAUCUCUGCUUCCUCUUGUGCUUUAGGGCAUUACGGAAUAACAAUCCACAGACAGCAGUAUUGGUAGCAGUUCAGAUUGAAACCCACAGUAUCAUGACUUUUUAAUCAGAUAAGUUAGUCACAAAAACGCUGUAGCAUCUGUGUGUUACAUAAUGCUGUGUGAGAAAAAAGGGUUUCUAAACUACACUGCAUGACGCCAGAGACAGUGCUGGUCCUAUUUUACUCUUUCACACAGUUGCAAAUGCAGGAAGACUGGCUCAACCUGCCAUGUUUGUCUGUGGUUUUUUAAAUCAUGAAUUCCUUUUGUGUGUUUGAAAUACAGUAUGUAACCAUUUUUUUUUUUUCUCCCUCAAAUGUAUUUACUUGCAAUAUGAUCGCCGAUGCGUUGUUAAAUAUUUGCUCCCUAUACGUGCUCUGACGACGUGGAGGAGAAGUGUGUUUUUUAAUGGCUGGAAUGACGUAGAGAUGGUGCUCUGCGCUAUUCCACUACGCUACACACAUGAAUUUGGAGUCUCAAUUCAUCGUAGCAAUAAGUGCUUCUGUGAGAUGCUCGGCAACAUGUACGCACACAAUUACACACAGACAGGCAAACAUGUACAUUUUAUUAACUGUAUUUUUUAAAUCAAAAUGGUGCUCGUUGAAACACAGAAUUAUUUUUGGAUUUUGCUUUAAGGGGCAAUUGAGGUCAUUGUUGCCACAAAUGCAACACAUUGACAUCAAAUUACUGACAGGAGUUGUUUCUUUAUUCAAUGGCACAGAGUAUUCCAAAGAAUCAAUCAGGUUACCGUUUCAAAUAACUACUUUGCUCUUGGCUUCUUAUCAGUUUUCUGGUAAUUCUGCACCGUAACACAAAGUGCAACCACAGCAGCAGCUCUGAACUCACUUGAACUCACCUCUUACAGACAUAAAGUUAGAUUUGCUUGAAGGUAUCAGGCUGUUAUGGACACACUCCUCCAGCCCCUGAGAAAAGUGGUGUGUGAUGAGACUCAACACAGACAAUAAAAGCACAGAGUUGAUAUGAUACAGGGAGAUAAUAGUUUCUGUUUGGUUCAGAUGCCAGACAGAGAAGCUCCUCAGAUAUUUCCUGCCUGGCAUUAACUCACAGAGGCACUUCCAAAGACAGCCAUGACCCUCAGAGUGCCUCCUUAUAUGUGUUCAGAAAAUGGGAGGAGUGGAUCCAGGCAGGAUGUGGCGCACCCAAUCCCUCUUUCCCUCCAUCUAUCCAUCCAUCUAUUGCUUUCAUCUACCCAUCGUGUGCAAACACGUCUUGAAAUGUUUACUGAUGACAGGUUACAGAGCUGAGAGACAAGCCUCUGCCGCAAUCAGAUGCUCGCAAUGAAUGGUUAUAAGUGAGAAACGAAUGGCACAUGAUGCACUUUAGACCCCUAGAAAUGGACCUCAGUCAUGUAUUUCUGAACGGCCUGCCAACACUGUAUCGUCCACGCAGUGCAUGGCUGCUGACUAGUGGAAGAAUGUAUUCUCAGAGCUUCAGAUGUAGAUUGUUUAAAACAGAACAUGGUAACGGAAAGAUGCUAUUAUUUUUUUAUAUUCACAGACUUAAAAAACAAACCUGUUCAUUAUAUUGCCUUUAUGUGCACAGACAGUGUGGCAGAGCCUUGUCUCUCACUUCCAAAACUUUCACAAGUGUGGAUCAGAUAUGUCCAUCUUUGCUAAACUGCAUGAGA